AUGGUGGCGCUACGGGCCCCAGUAACGCCGGGGUCAGCAGCGCUGCUGGUGUCCACCCACGCCUUCUUGCACGGCACAGUGGGCGGGGAGUCGCCCCUCCCCCUCUUGCCAGCGCUCGUCGGCGAGUCGGUUCUUGGGGGGUUGUGCCGGAGCGCGAAACCCCGGAAGACCCCCCGAGCGGACGGCGCCGUGGGUGCCCGUGGGAUUGCCAUGACCCGAGGCAUCGCGGCAGUUGACGACGAGGCUGCCGCGACGCCAGGGGCUGCCCCCGGUGUAAGUGCCGCCGCGGCCCCGGCCGCUGCUCCUGAGGCAGCCGCCGCCGGGCCGCUGGCGGUCGUCAUCGGGGUGGUCGCCGCCGUGGCCCCAGAGACCACAGCGGGUGUGGCCACCCCGGAGCUGCCGGCGGACGUCCCGAGGGCGGCGGCCGCCGCAGGGGUGGAUGUCGCUGCUGGGGAAGAUACCACCGCAGCUGCCGUGGACGUAGCCGCGGCCGCUGCGUACGCCCUUGAUCGCCGCACGAUCAGGGACGCGUCGUCGCUGUCCUCAUCGUCGUCAUCCAUAGGGACGACUUCCUGGGACGCCGCAAGCUGGCCCGCCUCGUCGUCCAGAGACUGGAGGGAGGGCCCGCUGAUCUCUGACUCGCCCCCGCUCUCCUCAAGCACCUGCUUCCCGCGAGGCGCUGGCGGGGGAGCACGAGGCGUCCGAGUGGGGGUAUCAUCCAUCAAUCCCCACUCGUUGUAG